CCGAUCCAAAAGCUUAACCUUUUCCCUUACAACAAACAGAUUUAUGAAUAUUUUUUUAAUGUACAACCGUCGCUUAUAAAGUAAGAGGAUUUAGUGAAUAUGAUGCAGCAAAGGUGGCCUUUCAUUUAUUUUGUUAACGACUUUACAUCAAAAAAGAGGAACAAUAAAAGCAAACAAAGAAAAGACGAAAAUGAUGAAUAAUUUCACCAACAGAUGGCCACAUCAGAGCUGUUUAGUGACGUCUGGUGGAAGUUUUUUGUACUAAUAAGCUUCAUUGGUUUUUGCUCCUCAUCUUGAGCUUGUUUUCAUCUUCAUCUUCAUCUUUUUGCUUCCCUCUAAUUUUAUAUUUUGCAUCUCCAUCAAAGCUCAAACUCUUCUUCUCUCUAUUUCUCUUUCUCUCUUCUUUCCUCUCUUUCUUUCUUUUUCAUUUGAAUGGACAUUACAUUGUUAAGUGACAUUUGCUUGUCUUCACGAUUUUACAAUUAUAAUGUUUUGUGAAAAACAAUUGGAUAACAUUGAUCUUCAAUGUAAAUACCAUUAUUUUUUAUGUUUCAUUAAAUAAUGUUUCCCAGUUUUUAAUCUAUUUGAGGUGCCAUUAAUUCAUCUUAUUAUGUGGACUAUUUCCCAGUUAUUAACCAUUUCUGUUUGUGUGAUUGCAACUUCGAUAUUUUGUCCAAAUGGGUUAACAAUAUUUGUAUCUGCUGUUGGACAACCUUCUAGUCCACCAUUCCCAUCUUCACCUUCUUCCUCUUCAUCUUCCCCUUCCUCUCCAUCAUCUUUACCUUCAUCCUCAUCCAUUGUUAAUGAGAUACAAGCCAACAAACCUCUUGAGUUGCCUCGUAUUAUUGAACAUCCUUUGGACAUUGUGGUCAAGAAAAAUGAACCCGCCAUGUUAUACUGUAAAGCAGAUGGGCAACCUAAACCUACCAUCGAAUGGUACAAAGAUGGUGAAAAAAUUCGAUCAAAUCGACCCAGGAUAUUUUUGAGUGGUGAUGGACUUUUCUUUUACAAAGUUUCCAGUGAAGGUAAAGAAUCAGAUACUGGGACUUACUGGUGUGUUGCUCGCAACUCAGUGGGGAAGGUGAUAAGCCGUAAUGCCACUGUCAAUGUUGGUUACUUAAGAGAUGAGUUUCGUUUGUCUCCCAAGAGUGGAACUGUUGUUGCUGGUGACUCGGUUACUUUGGACUGUAGUCCACCCCGAGGUUCACCAGAACCAACUGUUACCUGGAAAAAAGAUGGAGAACCCAUGACCCUGGCCUCACCUCGUUUUCAACUGACAACCUCGGGUAGCCUUAAAAUAAACGAUAUCCAUCCAACAGACAGAGGUAUUUACAUUUGUGUGGCCAGCAGCUCAGUUGGAAGCCGCGAAUCAACUCCAGCCUCUUUAGUUGUCCUAGUGAAACCGUAUUUCAUUAAAUUACCAAACAAUAUAACCGUAGCUGAAUCAAGUUCAAUUGAACUGGAAUGCAAAGUUGAUGGCGAUCCUGUGCCUUUAAUCACAUGGAUUAAAAAGGAUGGUCAAUUGCCCAGUCAAAGAUCGACGAUUGGACCUGAUAAAACAUUAAGCAUAAUUAAUGUCACCUCGGAAGAUGAAGGGGUAUACACCUGUGAAGCAGGUAACCUUGUUGGUUCAGCCACUGCUUCAGCAACUUUAUCUGUUAAUAGCUAUUCAUCUGGUCUCAUUAUAUCAUCACCAACACUUUAUCAUUCCAUUGCCAAGGAACCUUACUUUAUUGUGGGAGCCAUUUUACUAAUGUUUCUCCUCUGUUCCAUUAUAAUGAUUAUCUUUGCUCGUCAACAUUUGGGUUGGAAGAAAGCGGUUGGAGCUUAUAUUACGGUCCAAUUGUCAAAGAAUGAUCAACUCGAAAAGUCCCGUCAUUUGGAUACUUGUUCAAGUAAAAACUCUUGGCUUUUGGAGACGACAACAGGAGGACCCACUUUAGGUCAAACAAUUACUACUUCACCUGAAAUAACGACGACUGGACUAUUAGGCAAUAAAGGAUCAACUUAUCAUCAACAUCAUCAUUCAUCCAAUUCACCUGCAACAUCAUCCAACAAGUCAUCAGUCCGAAUGAGGGAAGCAAAUAAACCAUUUAAUCCUCAUCAUGAUACUCAUCAUGAUCAUGAUUAUGAUGAUCACAAUGAAGGAUAUUAUGCAGAAGUCGAAGGUUACUCUUCAUUAGUAACCUUUGGGAAAAAGGAUUCAUUAACAAAAUCAUCGAAUGGAUCAAAGAUUAUUCAGUCAAUGGCUCCAUCUAUUGAACCUUAUGCAACAACAAACUUAAUCAAUACUUAUCAUCAUUCAUCUCAUCCUAAUCCCAAUAUUAAUCCCAAUCUUAAUCAGUAUCUUGAAAGCUCCAUCAAUGAACGCAGAACCUGUGAUCAAACUCAAUCUGCCGCCUAUUACGGACUUCCUUUAUCGCUCUCAAUAAACCAAUCAACUGCAAGUGCUAUUGCAAACUCACCUUCACUCUCCCGUUAUCCUCAUUACCAGUAUCAACAGCAACAUAUCAACAAUUAUCAUUCACCUUCAUCAUCCAACCGAUCAACAACCACCAACACCUCUUCAACCUCAACACCAAACACGGGUUUAGGUUAUAGGAAAGUGAUAUUAAAAGAUGCAAGAUCAAAAGAUCACAAUAAUCGAGCAGUUUUGAUAAGCGACGAUCUUUACGCUAUUCCUAAUUGUGGACUGGACAUUGAUGAUGUUCGUCCACCUUCUGCCAAUUUUUUUCUACCCAAGACGUAAAUGAAGGAUAAAAAAGUUCUCCUUUUUUCUAAUUGUUUUACUUACCGAUUUAUCGUACUUUUUACCUGUUCAUUUGUUUAUAUGUAUCGUUUGUUUGCUUUAUACUGUGUGCGUGUCAAACACUUGCUCGAUCAACUCUGUAACUACUGCCUCAACCAAUGCGAAAACAAAACACUUUUGAGGAACAUUUAGAUUCUCGAAAUUGGAUUCUCUUUAUAAAUACACUACUUAAAUGUCGACAACAUCGUCUAAUAUUCCUACUUGGUGGCCUUUCAACAGAUGCAAUCCUUUACUCGAAGGGAUUGACCGAUCAACGACAAAACAUGAAUAAACAGACAUCAUAUCAACCCAUAGGAUUUCAUUUUCAUCAACAUCAAUCUUAACUCUUGAAUGAUAAACUUAUCAUGAACCUAAUUUUAAUAUUCAAUAAUCAAUUCUUGCUCACCUUCAAUAUCCAAGGAAAUGUUAUCCUGUGUUCACUCAUCAAAAUGACCCUAGUCCAGUACCUGGUUGUCUUUACCAUUCAAUCUCCCAAUUUGGGAAUUCAAAACUUCUCAAAGCUAUAACUAUACAAACAAUAAUUCUGAUAGUCAAUAAGAUGAAACGCACCUUAGUUUUUAUUGUUGAAUCCAGUUUAACAUGAAACAAGUAAACAAACGAAACAUAAAAAAACCUUUUUGUAUGCAUUCAUACUUGUGUAUUAUAUAGUGAUAUAUUGUAUAAUUAUUGAUCAAUUGCAACUCUUCUGUACAGAAAUUAAUAAAUUUUGAUGAAGCAUCAAUGAGCUUCAUCUCAAAUCAAUGAA